CGAAGGGAAGCUGCGUGUUGGGCUGCAGGGAGCGACCGAGGGGAAGCUGCUGCUGCUGAUACUGACACUGACACCGGGUUUCUGUCGAGCACAGGCGGCCGGCUCUCUCCCGGAGAGUGAAUGAGGUUGAUGCUGCUCUGCUGCACCUGGAAGGACGAACGCAUGGGAGAGGAGGAAGCUGGGGGUUUGCCUGUGUGUGCGGGAUGCAGACAGAGGAUCUAUGAUGAGCAGUACCUGCAGGCCCUCAACGCUGACUGGCACACAGUCUGCUUCAGGUGCUGUGAGUGCAGUGCGUCCCUGUCCCACUGGUAUUAUGAAAAAGAUGGACGGCUUUUCUGCAAGAAGGACUACUGGGCCAAAUUUGGGGAGCUGUGCCACGGCUGCAACGACCCUAUCACCACCGGCCUCAUCAUGGUUGCUGGGGAACAGAAGUAUCACCCAGAGUGCUUCACCUGUCUCAACUGCAGGGCGUUCAUCGGUGAUGGAGACACUUAUGCUCUUGUGGAGAGAUCCAAACUCUACUGCGGCCACUGUUACUACCAGACCAUCGUGACCCCAGUGUCGCUGCCGAAUUCGCCAUGUUCCCGGAUCCCUCACACGGUCACACUGGUGUCCAUCCCGGCCUCAGCCGAGGGCAACAACGGGCGCAAAGGAAGAGGCUUCUCGGUGGCCAUCGACGAGCCGCUCAGCCCGACAAAUGGCUACAGUCCUGAGAAGAGCCGCACCGUCAGAGUCUCCCAAGUGGACCCUGACUGCAUCAGUCCGGAUGUGAAGAACUCUAUUCAUGUUGGAGACAGGAUCCUGGAAAUCAACGGGACCCCCAUUCACAACGUCCCUCUGGAUGAGAUCGACCUGCUGCUCCAGGAGACGAGCAGGCUGUUGCAGCUCACCAUCGAACAUGACCCUCAUGCUCAGACGCAGGAAGGAGGUUCCUCAGAGGCCGAACAGCAGGGGGACGGACCCCUGUCCACCCCCCUGUCAGAGGUGUCCAGUCCCCCACUGCCAAUCACCCAACCUCCACACCCUGACAUCAACAACCUGAGAUCGCGGAUCAUCACGCGGAGUUGCAGCAUUGAUAAGUCACCAGGCUCCAGCAACGCAGCAUCACCUAUCUCCCAAAAGAAGGAGAUCAAUCGAUCAGAGUCACUCCGAGUUGUCUCCAAUCGGACACACCGCAUCUUUCGGCCAUCUGACCUCAUCCACGGAGAAGUUCUUGGGAAGGGAUGCUUUGGACAGGCUAUCAAGGUCACCCACAAGGAGACAGGGGAGGUGAUGGUGAUGAAGGAGUUAAUUCGCUUUGACGAUGAGACACAGAGAACAUUCCUCAAAGAGGUGAAGGUGAUGCGCUGCCUGGAACACCCCAAUGUCCUCAGGUUCAUUGGAGUCCUCUACAAGGACAAGAGACUCAACUUCAUUGCAGAAUACAUCAAAGGAGGAACACUAAGGGAAAUCAUCAAGAAAAUGGACGGUAACUAUCCCUGGAACCAGCGGGUCAGUUUUGCUAAGGACAUAGCAGCUGGGAUGACGUAUCUACACUCCAUGAACAUAAUCCACCGAGACCUGAACUCACACAACUGUCUAGUAAGAGAGGACAACACAGUGGUGGUGGCAGACUUCGGUCUAGCUCGGCUCAUGGUGGAGGAUAAGCUUGAGGGAAAGCUGACGGAGGGAAAACUAUCCGGUCUGAAGAAGCCUGACCGCAGGAAGAGGUACACUGUGGUGGGAAACCCUUACUGGAUGGCUCCUGAAAUGAUCCAUGGGAAAAGCUAUGAUGAAAGAGUUGACAUCUUUUCCUUUGGAAUCAUGCUCUGCGAGAUCAUUGGGCGAGUGAAUGCUGACCCAGACUACCUCCCCAGAGCGACCGACUUCGGACUGAACGUUUCUGGUUUCCUGGAGCACUACUGUCCCCCUGACUGCCCCCCCGCCUUCUUCCCCGUGGCUGCUGUGUGCUGUGACCUUGAUGCAGACAGAAGACCUGCUUUCUCCAAACUGGAGGAAUGGCUGGAGAAUCUAAAGAUGCACUUGGACAUCGGUCUGCCCCUCAUGUCUGAACUGGACCAGCUAUACAAGGUCUUCUGGGAGUACAACAAAAUCAAACACCCCGAGAACGGCUUGCAUACCCACCCCGAGCAGCCGGAGUAGAGCUGAGAACCACGGGAGGAGUGGCGUCCACACCGGGGAGGGGUGGCAAACACCCUACUCAAGUGGCGCGCCGUGGCAGGAGGACUCGUGUAAAUGUCCCUCCAGGUUUGAGGCAGAUAAUACAGGCUCAGGCUGAAUGAACAGACUCAGGGGAAACGUGUGGAUCUGAGGAGCCACUUGUGGGAGACGCACAUACAGAAUCAGCUCUGCUGAGGUGGAAUCUGUCAUAUGCAAUCAGACACAACUUUCAAAUCAUGACUCUUGAAUCAUGUAGAUUUCAACACAAGUGGUCACAUCAGUAAACCAUACUCACUAUACUUAUACUGUAUAGUGUCUAAAUGAACAUAAAAAAGUAAACAAAACAACAACAAAAAAAGAUAUAUCCAACCCUCGGCUGCCCCACUCUGGGUCUCUGCAGAGUACAUCGUGCAGUUUGUGUUUGCAGGUGUUGCUGUGUGUGUGUGUGUGUGUGUGUGUGUGUGUUUGGUUUGGCUUUUGGUUUAAAACUCAAAACUGAACUAUUCAAAAAUGCAAAGAAUACCCCGUCUGUUGUCUGUGACACGACGUUUUAGAUGCACUCGUAUGAAUGAAACAAAACCUUUCAAGCUUUAAUUCCCCCACUGAAGAGCGCAUGACUGUAAAUAAUGCUGGCAGAUCCUGGCUCACUGCGUCCCCCUGACCAUGUCCGGUCAUAAACCACUAAUCUACUCGUGGCGCUAUUUAUCGGCCCUAUUUAUUGUGUAGCACUGACUUUACAUUAAAGGUACGCGUGUUUUGCAUAAAUUUGGUACAUUGUCCCUCAGUUUUAAGAGCUGUAAGCGUAUCUCAUUCCCUUUUACAUUCGAACAUACAGCAGGGUACAUAACCAGUAACAUUGUAAAUGUUUUAAAUAUUGUAAAUGUAGAGACAUAUUUUAUAUACAUAUGCUACAUUGCCAUAUUUUUAGUGGCUGGCAAGUUGAAAGGACGGAGAGUAAAGGUUGGAUUGCAGUUUAAAAGGCACAGCCAGAAGUUGUUUUUUUUGUUUUGUUUUUUUCCUUUUCAUUCUGUCCUGUCACCUCUUUUGAGAAGUCCAAACCUUUUAAAAUUAAAAAAUAUGAAGACUUGUGGCCCUGUAAAGCAUUUCCCAAUUUCAGGCCGAACUCAGUAGACAUUAAAUUAUGUCAUUUCCCUUAAUCUAAAAGACAUGUCUCACCAUUUAACUGGUAGCCACUGAGUUUUCAGGUCCGUGCCAGAUUUGUGCAGGAAUGAAGUUCAGCUCAUCCAAAUCGAUAAAAAAGGAUUCACUGCUCUUAAACUGAAAUAAAAUCUGUAAAGAUUGUAGAUGAAUCAAGUUAAAUUAAGAGAAGGGGGGUUAAACUACCUGUUACACUUUCAUACACUUGAUCUACAGCUUAUGAUUCACUGUAGUGAUUUCCCUAACCGCAGUGCUGGAUCUACUUGAUCAUACUGGAUCACUUAAUCACUUCAAACUAUGAGAGUGGGGUUAAUUACUCACUUCAACUCAACACAAUCAAUAUCAAAAUCAAUCAACUCAAAAAUAAUGUGAUAUACUUAAGGCAAUCAACCUGUCAUUGAUAAUUCACUCUUUUCUCAUGUACUGUACAGAAGUGAAGGUGUUACAAUAUCAUCCAGUUCUGCCUCAUCCAGUCAGCUCCUCCUGAGGAUGACCCCCCGUUUGUUUACACACAAAAGCUAAACUGUAAAUAUGUCUGUAUAUACGUGUGUCCUUACAUCUGUCUGCGUGCUUUAGGUAAACAUGUCCAUUCUUCAGAAACAAUCUUUAACACCGACAGAUUUCUCUCCUGCACCUUCUAACCUAAGAUUUCUCCUUUUUAUCCCGUUUUUCUCUCUAAUUCCUGCUGUUGUUUCCACAAGCUGCAUGAUGCACAAGCUAGAUCUCUUUGGCUUCUACUCCAAGCUGUUUUUGCUUCUGGAUAUUGUAGGUUUUUUUUAUUUAUUUUUUUUAAAUAAGAAAACAAACUAUGAAAGACAAAAAAAAAGAAAGUGAAGCUGACAAGAAAAAUGAGGAAGAAGAAACAAAACACCAUCUCUUUUUCUAUAUUUACCCUCUGAUAUCUUUUUUUUAUAACAUUUGAGUACUUUUAUUUGCACUAUAUGGCUGGUUGAGGCCAUGUUUGUUGGGUUUUGUUUUUUCUCUCUUGGGCUACUUGUGAUAAAGAAAUGAAUUAUGUCAGUUCAGGUUGUUAUAUGAAUGCAAGCCACUGAUGGAGCCUUUCAACUGUAAACAAAAAAAAGGGUUGUGAGGAUUUCAUCCUCUCAAUUGCAAACAAGGUUAUAUGAUGACUGAUGAUGGCUCAUCAGAUCUUUUUGCGCAAGUCGACUUUAAGUAGAAGUAUUUAUCAACUAGCAUAGACAAAAAAUUCAUUUUCAAGAUGUAAAGAGGGUGAGUUAAAUAACGUGUGAAAGACUACAGUUCCUGGCGUUUGCUGUUGAGAGGAUGUGAUGUCUCAGCUCUGCCUGCUGCCUAAAGACUGGUCCUUUGUGAAUGAUGGUCUGUGUUGUUUCUGACUGCUUGAUUACAUACGUGAAGCCCACAGCGGCUGCAAACACUGCUGGUCUUGCUGAUAGUAGAGCACUUACCUAAACUGGCCUCCCUCACCUCUUCCUCGUCACACUCUUUUGGCUCAGGGCCGUGAUCUUUCUGGAGCUUUCUUCACGAUUCAGUUUAUUCAACAGCUUAUACGGCACUCACCUGGUUACACUGGAAGACCAUGUAAACUUAUGUCACUGUGCAGGCUACUAAUACAAACACAUGUCUCUUAAACAAGCCCCUUUUUGGUUGACGUGUUCGUCUGUGGGCAUGCACCAUGCACAAGUGGCUUUGCCGAGUCUCCUACUUCCAUUCCCGUCUGAAUCAUGUUGCGCAUGUUAAACGUGUCAGUGUGGACUUCUUGAUGAUCAGUGAGAAUGAUGCCGCAGCACUUCUUUGCAAAGGAUCUUUACCUCUGAACAAUGCUGUGCCUUUGUUGUAAGCUAGCCUUGCCAACGACUCGAAAACAUGAACUGACUUUCUUUUUAAUGUAUCAUAAGUGCAAGCCUGAUUCAAGUGGAUUGAGUAUCAUAGCAGAAACCGUGUUGUAUAAGAUUUCAUCUUGUUCUGUAUCAUAUUUAUAUUUUCCAGAUCUCCAUUGUCAGUUUUGAUAUUUUAAUAUUAUAUUCCUUUUAUUGGUCUUAUUUAAUUUUUUUUUUUAUUGUUUUAUUUUUUACACAAGCUGUGAAAACUAUUCUGCACUUUAAUUCUGAACAUGAACAUUAAAACUCUGAGGAGGCGACUGUUUUUGUUUUCUUCUGUCACAGCUAAAAAUAAAACUGUUGCUCCUUAAACAA